AUGGCCGUAAAGCUCUCACCUUUAGCAUCCCCAAAGAAAAUCCAUCCCUGGGUCAAUCUAUUUGCCCGCCUUUCCUCAAUCCCAUGCCCGGUCGAUGUCGAAAGUCCUCAACAAACCCGUCACAGUUCACCCACCGGCUCUGACUACGAGUCCAACAUAAAAUCCUCGAGAGGUAAGCUCGUCCCUGACAAUCUGAUCCGGGUUCUUGGUAGCACCGGGGACAUUGAAUCUUUGGUGAGGAUUUUCAAAUGGGCUGCCGUCCAGGAAAGGUUUCAACACACUGCUGGGACUUACUGUGUGAUGAUCUUGAAGUUGGGUUUGGCCGGUAAUGUUAAAGAAAUGGAGGGAUUCUGCCAGAAUAUGAUCAAAGAUCGAUGCCCUGGUGCUGAAGAUGCUCUUGUUUCAUUGGUCGAGAAGUUCCUUGAGCAUGGUAGGAUGAAUGCGGCGAUUCGGGUGCUUGCGAGUAUGACUGCAGAGGGUUUUAAGCCGAGUGCUGAGUUGUUCAAUGCUUUAUUGGGUGCCCUUGUGGCAGAAAAAGGAGAGUUGAAGGAUGUUAUAUUUGUGUACAAGGAGAUGGUGAAAGCAGGAAGAACGCCGAGUAUUGAUACUCUGAAUUAUUUGCUGGAGGCUCUUAUCGAGGCGGGGUGGAUUGAUUCUGCUUUGGAUCAGUACAGGAGAAUUAACAAGAAAGGGUGUGCUCCAAAUAGUAGGACUUUUGAAGUACUAAUUAAGAAUCUUUUCAAGAAGGGCCGCAUUGAUGAGGCGGUUGUGAUAUUGCCAGAUAUGGUUGAACUUAGGAUGGAGAUGGAUCCGAGUUUUUAUUCUUGUGUUAUUACAUUGUUGUGCAAGGAAAAUAAGAUGGAGGAGGGAAUGCGGUUGUUUAAAACAAUGAGGGCUUCUAAACUAGUGCCAGAUCCAUCAGUUUACAAGAUUUUAAUUCAUCAUUUGUGUGCCAACUUUCUACUGGAUGAUGCGAAUAACCUUCUCGAAGAGAUGAUUGAUAGUGGUGUAGUGCCUUCGGAGGAUGUAUUUGUGGAUAUGGUUAUUGGACUUUGCAAGUUGGGGAAAGAACCCGAGGCACUAAACCUGUUGGAAGAUAAACAGGUUCUUGCAACUUCUCCACACAAUGCAUUGCUUUCCGGUUGCUGCACUGCUGGUGAAUAUUUCUUGGCAAAAGAGCUGCUCGAGCAGAUGUGUGAAAGGGAUAUUGUUGACUGUGAUUCCUGGAAUAUUCUGAUCAGAUGGCUCUGUGGGCACUUUAAGCUCAAACAAGCAUUGCAAGUUCUCGGAAAAAUGGUUGUGGCUUCACUAAUUCCUGAUUCUUCCACGCACUCAGCUCUCAUUCUUGGUUACAGUAAAUUGGGGUUACAUGAUGAUGCCAUAAAGCUGUUUGAGCGAGUAUGUGCGAGGUGCUGGGUAUUGGAUCCACUGUCUCACUCCGAGCUAAUAAAAAGCCUCUGUGAAAUCGGGAGGACUCUUGAAGCUGCAGAAGUGUUCCGUUAUAUGUCCGUGAAGAAACAUCCCCUCGAAUCUUGCUCGUUCAAUAUGCUCAUGAAGGCUGUUUUUGACACAAGGGGCAUUCAUGAAGCAAGGGAGAUGCUGACAUUGGCAGCAGAGUGCGGUGUUUCUUUUAGUGAUGAAACAUACACCAUCAUGUUAGAUGGUCUGUCUGAGAAGCCUAAAUAUCAGCUAAUCGUGCUGGCACAGAUGGUGGUAAGAGGAUUUGGGAUUAGUAGAGAAGCUUACGCCAUCCUCAUAAGGGGUGCCGCGAGUUCAUUGAGUCGAGCAAAUGAAGCGGCUUUACUUUUUAACCUGAUGGUCGCCGAGGAAAUGAUCCCUGAAUCAGAAUCCUUGCUUGACUUACUCUCCAUAUUUGCCGGUCGUUCUCAGUUACACAAGAUUUCUUGUUCAAUCGAUAAACUUCUCUCUACACAUGGAGUUCUGAACUCAGACAUGUACAGUUUGCUGAUAAAUGGUCUGUGGAAAGAGGGUGACAAGAGCAAGGCGCGUGACUUGCUGGAUCUGAUGUUGGAGAAGGGUUGGGUCCCUGAUGUUACGACCCAUGGACUGUUCAUUGGGCCUACUUCUAUUCAGGAAACUAAUCCGAGAAAACCGGUAUCAGAUAACUCUGUAGCUGAAGACAACAUAAGCAGCAUACUCUCUGACGGCUUGGGGAGAAUAUAA